AUGGCGACGGAUGGUGAGACUUGCUACCCAGUCGCCGUGGGCGAAAAAGAGAACGGAUGGGGAAAGGUCGCCUCCAAUGUUCCAGAUCCGCCAAAGUGCAUCGCGAGUUGCCGUACCCGGUUCCUUAAGAGCGUGCUACAGGAUUUCGAUGAGUCAAGGUUCUCAGAGGUGUGUGGGGUUCUCUCAAAGGAUGAGGGGGCUAAUAAGAGGUUAUGGGAGCUAUAUUGCUGCAACUCGACGGCUUGCGGAGUGACGCUCGCCACGGGGCAGGAUCCCGGGGUGAACCUGAUUAUCGGUACAUGCCAAAACAUCGGCGUCCAGUCAGUUCAAGAUCCAGGGUCGCCUCCUUUUGGAUAUUCUUGUCCGGCCAUCGCCACCCCCGAAAACUGCCAAAAGCCCUUUCUCGUCAGCGAUACAAGGCCUCGGCCAACUCUAUCCACCACCACUACAUCUUUCCCGAUGACAACCACCUCGCUCCUAAUGACUUCAACAACGCCCUUGACAGCGGUCGGAUCCUCUACGUAUUCUACUGACUCCGCUGUCGGAACUUUGGGGGCAUCAAGUCCAACGCAGUCCCAUGAGCAGCCGCGUAGUGGUGGUCUGUCCUUAGGAAUCAGAAUAGCCAUCGGGGUAUCUUGUACACUCGCCCUGGUCGCCAUUUUGGCUGUGGCUACAUGUAUGUAUCGCCGGCGGUCUCGCCGUGGGUAUACGCAGAGCAUCAGGAGUGAGAUAAAGCACCAGCCUCUUCCAAAAGCCAGCUCACCCACGUCUCUAAUUUCGCCAGCAAGCUCAACCUACGAGAGCAAUCGCAGCCCAGUUACGCCACCUCUGCGUCUAAAGGAGCGCAGACUGCUUCCUACACUCUUUGAUUCAACCUUAAGCCCAGCAGUACCAGACAUAAUCAACCCUUUCCCAGGGCCUCUCAGCAUUAGCAGUCCAGGCGGGCUUUCACAGUCUUCCCCCUCCUCGUCAUGGAACAGCAACUCCAAUCCAAGUCACGGGCGGGCACCACGAUCUCACAUAUAUCCUUCGUCUAGCGGCUUCACAGGCAAGACAUUUAAAACGGCAAGCAUGAGAAGCGCAGCUAGUUCCUACACCACGAAAAACACCUCCCAUGUCUCCAGCGCAUUUCCUUAUCCUCCUCCCUCUUCACCGUCAAGACCCCCUCGUCCGCACAACACACCGCUUCGCAUCCCGGAUCUGGUCUGUCCCGGUCCGCCGCCCACUCGCGCACUACCGCCUGCGCCACCAGUCACGCCCAUCAUAUUAAACUCACCGUUGCGGUACCAAUCGACUGAUACCGGCCAUAACAUGGGCCUUGUUAUGGCGGGUUUCGUACCACCGCGCAACCCUGCCCGUGGGGUCGUCCUGGGAAAGGAAUCAUGGGACCUCUGUGAGUUGACGGAGAGCUACGCGAGAGAGGUUAGGGAUAGAGAUAGUUGGGGAAGUUGGAGUAUUGGCGGUGGUGGAACGGGUGUCGGGGCGAAUUCGAUCCAAAGAGGCGGAGAUGGGAGGGUGAAUAGCCCUGUGCUGGAGGAAGCAGAUUUGGAGAGGAUGGGAGGCAGUUAUUGA